CGGCAGAGCGGCUGGCCGGGCAGGGCAGAGCCGGGGCGGCGAUGCGCUGGCGCCGAGCAAGCCCUGGGGAGCCCCGUCCGCCGCCUCAAGAUGCCUGGGAAGCUCCAGAACCGCUACAACCUGGUGGACGACGCGGCCGACGCGCGGCUCCCGCUGCACAACGAGGAAGCCUUCCAGCACGGCAUCCACUUCCAGGCCAAGUAUGAGUUUAAGGCGAAGAACGUGAAGAAGAGGAAAGUGACCAUCGUGGUCUCGGUGGACGGGGUGAAGGUGUUGCUAAGGAAGAAACCAAAGAGGAAGGAAUGGACCUGGGACGAAGGCAAAGUCAUGGUGAUGCACGACCCCGUCUAUCGGAUCUUCUAUGUCUCACAUGACUCCCAAGACCUCAAGAUCUUCAGCUACAUCGCCCGGGACGGCACCAACAACUCCUUUCGCUGCAACGUUUUCAAGUCCAAGAAGAAGACCCAGGCGAUGCGUGUGGUGCGGACGGUGGGCCAAGCUUUCGAGGUGUGCCACAAACUGAGCCUGCAGCACGCCCUCCAAGACGCAGACGGCCAAGCGGACGGGGCCAGCAACAACUCUGCCGAUGACGCUCAGAUAGAAGGUCUCCAACCACUGGAACCAGCCUUGGCUGACCGAGACCUCGGCUUGGCCGGGUCAGUAAGUGUGUGCCUCCCCGACUGCGGGGUCUGUGAGCUGCCUUUCUCCGUGCCUGACCUGGGAGAGCUGAAAAACGGGCUCAGCCCCAAGGCGAGGGACAGCCAGGAAACGGAGAACGGUGGUCUCCGGCCCUCCUGUGCCCAGCCCCUCGGCAGCGCAGGGAGCCCCUCUUCCUCUGCCUCGACCACCCCACUCGCCUCCCAGCACUGCCUGCAGCUGCUCCAACACCAGCUCUUCCAGCAGCAGCAGCAGACACAGGUGGCUGUCGCACAGGUGCAGCUCCUGGAGGACCAGUUGUCCGCCGAGAGCACAGCCCGCGUGGAGGCCCAGGCGCGUGUGCGCCAGCUGCUCCUGACCAAUCGCGACCUCCUUCAACACGUCUCCUUGCUGGUGAGGCAACUGAAGGAGCUGGAGAUCAAGGUGCAGCUGCGGCGUCCGGCCGAGCGUUCUCUGCAGAACCUGAGCUCGGAGCAUCCUCUCUCCCUCAACCUGAAGGACCACUACAGUCUGGAAAUCAACUUGUCUUCCACCUCAACACCAGCCAGCCUAGUGGGAAGCCCCACGCCGCACCUGGCUUCCUAUGAAUCCCACCAGAACCUGACCAACUUGGGGUUGGGGAGCGGACUGUCCAGCAGGCUGGAGAAAGAGGAACAUCUGGCAGUCCUAGAAGGGCCUGACGGUCUCCGCAGUGUGGAGGGAUCCGAGGCGGAGGAGUGCAGCGCCCCCAACGGAAGCACGCAACCCACUUGCAGUGGUCCAGACGCCGUGAUGCUGAAGGAAAGGUUGCAGCUGUUCAUCCCCAAGCUGAACCCACCUCCACCGACCCUGCGGAGGAGGUCGAGUAAAACCAUUUCUCCCUGCUCGGAGACAGAGAAGACUGGGGCGUCUUGCAGGGCCGCCCCUGAACCCUCGUUGCUCAGCAGCCCAGGCCUGGUCUCUAGGCCUGAAUCUGAAGCCAGGACACUAGGGGGAAGCCCGACGCCUGGUGCCCGUGCCAAGACCCAAGGCCAGGAGAGUCUUGGGCGCCCCACAGAAGCCCAUCCGUGGGUGGAAGCAGCUGAAAACUGGGAUGCCUCACGAGCCUUCUUGAGCAUCAAUGAAACCUGCCUGCACAUCAGCCUGUCUGAAGAUGAGCUUGACCGGAAGGGGAGCUGUGUUGCUCACGCCUAAAGAUGCUCGAGGGACAGACAGUGGUUGGACACCCCGCAAGGCAGAAAUCCUGAAAUGGAUCCAUUAAAGUCACCUGCAGAAGUCGGGCCCUUGAACUGCUGCCUCCACCUGGAAGUCUUCCACCUCCAGAAGCAGGCGUCUUCCUCCAGAUACCACCCGAAGGCCUCUAAGAAGUUUCACCCAAACUUCUCGGCCCGGUUUUUGCGGUUUGCAGACGGCGAUUCCAUCGUAAUCAGCAAACGUCCAUCGGGGAACAUUCUCGCCCUCUUGGCUCCCACAUGGAAAGGACCUCUGCCCCAACGAUUGAACAAACGCACCUGCCAAAAACUUCUCCCAAGGCUUGAAGGACGUCAAGGUAUUUCAGGGGUAAAGAGGGCAGGACAGAUCAUUUGCACGUGGCCUAGAUAAUGCCAAAAAAAACACCCCAAAAACCCAACCCCGGGGGGGGGGGUCUACCAUUUGGUUUCUGAGAGAAAGCUCGCUCCACUUGAGCAACGGUUUCCAGAUGUCUCCAUGGAAUCGUGCAGGUGGAUCUCCAUAAGUGUGUAGGACAGAAGCUGAAUCCUCCUGAAUCAGCCAGUUUGGUGCUGAGGGGGGACACGCCAGGAUUUUGGAGCUAAAGAAACCUGUCCAUCCCCCCCCCCUCCGGAAGUCUCUUUGAUCAGCUCAACUUCUGUGCUUCUAUGGGAGGAGAUGGGCAGGGGGAGGCGAGAGAAUCAGGAGAGAAGCUGGUGCUUACAAAAAAAAAGAGAGAUAUUUUAUUGGGUCCAAAGGAAAAGAGAUUCUGCAGAGAAUUUGGCCCAAGUAGCCAAAUCGGAGAUGCUCACACCUGGGGUGAAGGCCAUCCGAGGUGAGCAGAGGCUCACCCACCACCACCAGCCCAAACCCCCGUCGAUACCAGAGGGGGAUAAAAACACCCACCAGCAAGGAGCCGUUUGACCAUUUCGCAACCUCGGGAAAAGGACUUGCAUUUCAGGCGACUGGUUCACGCAGAGGAUGACAACUGCCUGGCUGUUGACCACAAAAAGAGGGGGGGGGAAGAGUCCAGAAUAUGUUGCCAAAAGGACCACGGGAGGGGAGAGCCCCCCCCCCAAUGAUUAGAAACGAGGCCUUUGAAGUAAAUGCGGGGCAGACACGAAUGAAGGAGCUGACCAAAGCUGUGAGAAUAGUUGCCACACAGGAAGGAAGGAAGGAAGGAAGGAAGGAAGGAAGGAAGGAAG